AAGGAGUAGUUUGACAUCAAUCAACCUCAAAACAAUAAUAACCAUUCCUGACAUUCGAAUACGUGCGUUGAUAAAUUAUAAACAGAAAGUGUAUUCCAAAAUGCGUUGCCACUACGAAGUGUUGAAUAUUUCAAAGGAAGCUGAUGAUGCCGAAAUAAAAUCAUCAUACAAAAAGUUGGCCCUAAGAUGGCAUCCUGACAAGAAUCUGGAGGAUGUAGAAAAUGCUAAGGAACAGUUUCAACUGGUACAACAAGCUUACGAGGUAUUGAGUGAUAGACAAGAGAGAGCAUGGUACGACAGACAUCGUGAACAAAUUCUACAUGGUGCAAAUUCCGACUUCGCAGAUAAAAACCUUGAUGUCUUUCAAUAUUUCACAACUGCUUGCUUUAAAGGUUAUGGUGAUGAUGAAAACGGAUUUUAUACAGUUUAUAGAAAGGUUUUCGAUCAAAUUGCCAAAGAAGAUAUGGAUUAUUUCGAAAAUAAAGAAGAUUUCGUUAAUAUUCCAUCAUUUGGUUCAUCAGAUAGUGACUAUGAUACAGUAGUGAAUCCCUUUUAUGCCCAUUGGAUGUCCUAUUCAACGAAGAAGAGUUAUGUUUGGCUAGAUCCUUAUAGUAUUAACGAUGUGAGGGAUAGAAGGUAUUUGAAGGCUGUGGAAAAGGAAAAUAAAAAGGUUAGAGCCAAGGCAAAGAAAGAGAGAAAUGAAGAAAUCAGAAACUUGGUCGCAUUUGUGAGAAAAAGAGAUAAACGAGUACAAGCCUGGAAUAAGUUGAAUGCAGCUAAAAUAGAAACUAAUCGUAAAAAGUUGGAAGAUUUACGAAGACAGAAAUUACUGGAAAACAGAAAAAUGAAUGAAUCACAGGUACAAGCAGAAUGGACUAAAUUUGAAAAUAUGUCUUCUCAGUUGCACGAGAUCGAGAAAAAUUUGAAUCAAGAAUUUGGGAAUUCUGAUAUUAGUGAUGAUGAAUACAAUGAUCUCUAUUGUCCAGCUUGCAAUAAAUUGUUUAGAACUGUGAAAUCUUUUCAGAAUCAUGAGAGUAGUAAAAGGCAUAAAGAAAAUGUUGCAGUUUUGAGGGCACAGCUGUUAGCAGAAGAUGGGGAUGAAAAUAGUUCAGAAACAGAUAAAAACUGUCUUGAAAAUAAUCUAGAAGAAAUUGAUAGUGAACUCUCUAGUGGUAAAAGGCUUACUAAUCAAAGUGAAGAGGAUUCAGAUGUGUAUGAAGAAGAAAUUGACUUGGAAAUUCCUAGAAGAAAGAAGACACAAAAAACAAAAUAUUCUGCUUCCCAACAUUACAUGUCGCCAGAUACAGAUUCUGAAGACGUACCUACUAGCAAUUUACACAAAAGACCUAAUAAAGUAAAGAAAAAUAAAAAUGUACUGAAGAUUGAAAGCACUGAUGAUGAGUUGAAAAUGUCCACACUCCCUGCAAGUUCCAGCUCUGAAGAUUUCAGUUCCUCAAAAAAAGGAAAGAAAAAAAAUAAGAAGAAUAAGGCAAAAAAAGCACAACCAGCAGAAAAUGUGGAUGUAGCACCAGUACUAGAAGAUGAAAAAUCGUUAGCGAAAGAAAAUAUUUCAAAAGAUAUUCCUUCUAAAGAAAAAGCAUCAAAAUUCGUAUGUUCAACUUGUUCAAAAAAUUACCCUUCAAAGAAUAAACUAUUUCGUCACUUGCAAGCUGAGGAUCAUGGUGCUCCUCUGCUUUCCAAUCAAACUGGAGCAAUUAGUAAGGGAAAAAACAAGAAUAAGGGCAGUAAAAAAUGAUUAUGUAUAUAUGUGCAAAUAAACUAUUUAAUGUAUUUUAUUGUUCAUUCUAGUUAUAAGUAUAUGUAUAGUAAAGUGAAUAUGAAACAUCUGUAGUAAAA